CCCCCUGCGCCCUCCCAGCAACCGGGUGGGCGCUAAUAACGACCCCCCAUCGGUGCGUGUCCGUGCUCACAUCCUCUCUCUCCCUCCCCUCCGACAGGACCUCUACUAGACAUCUCCAUGAACACCUAUCAAACACAUCCUGGCACCCCACAGCAACCUUCCAGUCAAUACCCGCUCUCCCCACUAUCCCAACAAACUAUGUCCUACUCGGGUGCCGGCAUGGCCAUGCACAUGGCAUCUCACAACAUGGCCAUGAACCCAUCCUCCCCUCUCGACAUGAACAUCAACCCUUCAGCUAGUAUGGGCAUGAACCUGAACAUGGGCCCUUCUAACAUGCCCAUGAACCUUGCCAACACAGCCUCCAACAUGGUCAACCCCGCCUACUUGGCCAUGCUUCACGCCCAGCAGAAUUCAAACUCCAUGAACGGCAUGAUGAACAAAUAUCCCUAUCCAUCCUAUUUCAACCAGCCCCAGCAGCAUGGUCAACAGUCUAUGGGUCUACCGCACUCUCAAAUGUCCAAUAUGGGUUCCCAGAUGCACGCUUCUCACAAUUCGAAUAACGCUGCUUCCAUGCAAAAUGCCGGCCAGUCCAUAUCCCCGACGCAGCUCAUGUCUGCCUCGCCAUCGCAGUUCAUGUCCGGUCCGUCCUCGCAACAACAGCCGCAAUCGCACGCCCAUUCUCUUAAUUUAACCCCCGCUCAGCUACUCCAGCAGCAACAAUCGGGCGCGAUCAAUCCCGCCUCUCUUGCAGGCGGUGCUGGCAACAUGAGCAUGGGUGGAUUGAAUUCCAACCUCGGUAACAUGGGCGGUGGUAUGAGUUUGGGCGUGAACAUGGGUGGACUAGGAAACGUGCAGAAUAUGGGCAACAACGGAAACAUGAACAUGCAGGGAAUGUCCAACAUGGGCAGUGGUGGAAUCGUUCCCAACCCGCGUAUGAAUAUCCCUCCUAAUGUCAACCCCAUGCGCUUCGCGCAGAUGACCCCUCAUGAACGUCAGGCCUUCCAACGACACCAACAUGCUGCAACUUUAGGCCAUGGUCUCCCUUCCGAUCGAGGGUUGAGUGCGACACCCAGUCAGUCCGGCCACGAACGUGGUCCUAGCUUGACACACGAGCGACCUCCAGGUCAACACGAGCGAGCCCAAAGCCUGACGUAUGAGCGACAACCGAGUCAACAACCUCACGAGCGGGCUCCCAGCCAAUCUCACGAUCCUACUGCUUUGCCCGGCGAGCGUCCGUCAUCAUCGGCAUCUGUCCGUUCGCAUCAUUCACAUCAUAACUUGGAUGCUGUUGCGCCACAUGCCAUGAUGGGCCCUCCUGGUUCACGGCCUGGCACAGCAAGCGGGACAAUGCCCCAGCUUACGCGCAUGAACUCCAUGAACUUCAAUUCUGCCAUGGGCCCGAUGCACAUGUCGAGCGGUAGCGCGACCAACUUGAACCCAAAUAUGAACGCUAUGAAUGCACAUUUGAACUCCCCCGCGACCAUGAUGUCGCAGAUGAACCAACCGCCACAUAUGAACGCGGGGGUGACCAUGAAUCCCCAAAUGACACAGAUGGGCGUCGCAGGUGGGAUGGGUAUGCCAAUGAACCGUCCACCAACAAGAACAGGUUCUGCCAUGGGGUCACCAAAGCAAUCCCAAUCCCCGCGCAUGAGCUUGAGCGCCGGUAGCCCGACACACAUGGGCAUGGCAAGUGGCGUCGGUGUGGCACCUGGAAUGGGAGGUGUCACUGGUGGUUCAGGGAUGAGUGCUAUGAAUGCUGGCGUCCAAGGUAACAUGUCCUCUGGCAUCGGCGGUGGCAUGGGUAAUAGUAUGGGUGGCACAAUGACCAGCGGAAUGAGUGGAGUCGUGGGUGGUCCCAUGAACACGGGCUUGGGUAUGGGCAUGAAUGCUCAAGCGAUGUCGGGUGUGCCCAACAUGGCCGGUAUGAGCGGAAUGGGCAAUAUGGGUCCGAUGAACAUGAAUGCCGUUGGCCCAGGUGGACUUGGGGGAGGGGGAAUGAUGGGAGGUGCUGCUGGAGGAAUGAUGGGGCCUCCUGUUAUACCUCCGGCCAUGCAACGACCAGAACGUGAACAGAUGAUGCAAGCACAGGUCCGUGAACAAUCCGCGCCCCUGCAACGUGAAGCGGUAAGCGCGUUCAUUUUUUUUGGUGCUUGCCUUGUUUGUUUCUGAUCGUGAUGGUGUUAUGGGUCCGUUUUCGGCGUUAGAGCCGUCCGCCGAGCUCAUCGGGCUCCUUCAUUGGCCAGAAUCUGGAGGGUACAAAUGUUCCCAACAUUCCUACCAUGGGUUCAGGCAUUCCGACAAACCUCGCUAUACCCCGGCAGCCGUCCCAACCCCCGGUGCACUCUCACCAACAGUCUCCCCUCCGAAAGUUGCUACCUGGUCAAA